AUGGACGCUCCAUCACAGCGGUCUGCGUCGCAAUUCACUCCGUAUCUGUCGGCGAACCAGCAGGAUCUCCUCGUCGCUGCGCUCAAUUCGAAUUCGAACCAUCCUCAGCAUACCACCGGCCCCGGCCCGGUCACCAUCAAGCGCUCCGCUUCCGAUCCGGACAACAAUCAAAUCACAAUGGAUGCCAAUGGCAAUCAGGUCUUCUUGAGCCCACAAAAUGGAGAAAUGGACAACUUCGACAUCGAUUAUACGCCCGAGCUGGACUACCUGAACGGAGACUCUGGCUUCGAUUUUGAGAACGCAGACUUGGGUGGCGACAUGAUCGGAGCACUUCCCGGACGGCAAUACAGCAGCGAUGAUAUGUAUGCCAAUGCAGGUGAUGGACACGAGAAGCGCAAGAGUCGCGAUGAUUACGAUGCAGAGGAGGGAGAUGCGAAGAGACAAGAGACACAAGAGGGCGAGAAGAGCGGAGCCAAGAAGCCCGGCAGGAAACCUCUCACCAAUGAACCGACGACCAAACGCAAGGCACAGAACCGAGCCGCACAACGAGCUUUCCGCGAGCGCAAGGAGCAGCAUCUCAAAGAUCUCGAAACCAAGGUCACGGAGCUGUCCAAGGCACAGGAGGCCGACAAACAUGAGAAUGGACUGUUGAAAGCACAGGUCGAGCGAUUGCAGACCGAGCUUCGCGAAUACAGGAAACGACUUUCAUCCUCCGGCGCCGUGGGCCGGUCACCGCCUCUUUCUGCCGUGAACGCACAACAAAGGAGUGCCAGUGGUUCCUCAUAUAAUGGUAACUUCAACUUCGACUUUCCCAAAUUCGGAGGACUCCCUGGAAGCCAAGUGUUUGGAUCAAGUGGUCUCAGCCCUCUCAUCAAGCAGGACAGCACAUCGCCUCCAGCACUGCAAGCACCGACAAGGACAAGCAGCAGCCUGAGCCCGAAGGAAAAUGAUCUCAUUACCCCUCCCACCACGAACAGCCCAUCGCAAUACGCCAGCAACAACAUGCCCUUCGCACCCAUCCUGAAGUCUGCGAACAAUCAAGACUACUUCAAGAAUAAUUCAUCGACCGCGACGCAACCAGCCCCUUCGACGAAUUACAACAUCGACAACGGUGGUGACAGCACUGCCGGCCUCAACAGAGUUUUCCAGUUCAACAGCGGGAGCAAUGCUAGUGACACCACCUCCCCCAGUGCGAGCUCGCAAAGUCAAUGGAACAUGAAUGGCACUUGCAACAGCUCUUGCGGGACCUCUCCUGAACCAUCGCAUAACAGCCCUGCCAACAAGGACAAUCAAGCCGACUGUUUUUCGCAAAAGCAAUAUCAGGACAAUGCCAACCUGGCCAAUUUCAACACCAACUCGCAGCAGAGUGGCAUGAAUGCGCUGGACUACAAUGUUCCAUCACUUGGCAGCUUCGAUCCCGUCCUCUUCGGCGACUACAGAGAGAGCAACAACGCCAUCGUGGGACGGGGAGACUUUACCGGCGGCUUCUUCGAUGAUGCCCUGAACUCAGCACCUUUCGACUUCGCAUCACCGAGCAACCUGUUCGGCAUCCUGCAAUCACCUCAGCAAAGCAACGCAAAUCUGAACACGAACAACCGCACACCCAAAGACACCGCUCCCAGCGCGGCUCUCAUGGCGCAGAUUGAGAAGGCGCGCGAUGGCGGAGAUGACGACUUUGGCCUGCCUCCACAGUCGCAACAAGCCGCAACGCCAAAGACCAGUGGGCAAUUCAUCAGCUGCAACAAUAUAUGGAACCAACUCCAAUCAAAUCCCGACUUUCAGUCCGGCAAGUUCGACCUCGAAAGCCUGUGCUCCGAACUGCGUACCAAAGCCAAGUGCUCCGAGUCCGGCGUCAUGGUCGAUAAGAAGGUCGUGGACGAAGCCUUCCGAAAGCUCGGUAAGAAGGACGAGACGGGCGCGCCCUGGGCGCCUGAGGGGUUGCUGUUUGACAAUGAUAGUUGGUGA